AUGACAUAUGUGGAUGUUGUUGGUAGGUCAGGGGGCUUAGUAAGUAUGUGGGAUCCGUAUGUCUCUGAAUGUACUGAUGUUAUUAGAAAUCAAAGGUUCAUUAUAGUGCAAGGAAGCUUAAAACACACGGGGGAGUUGCUAAAUAUAGUUAAUGUUUGUGCAUAUAAUGAUCCGAUUGAGAGAAGGUCUUUAUGGGAGGAAUUGGUUACACUCAAACAAUCAUUACAAGGUAUGUGGGUGUUUGGUGGGGAUUUCAAUGAUGUUAGAGAACCGGGUGAACGCUUCAAUUCAGAAUUUGUGGCUUUAAAUGCGGCUUUUUUCAAUCAUUUUAUUGAAAUAGCAGAUCUGGUCGAAUAUCAAAUGGGUGGGCGAAAAUUCACUUAUCAUUUAGAUAAUGGGGUUCAUAAAAGCAAACUAGAUCAGUUCUUGCUAUGUACGGAUUUUCGUGCUAAAUGGCUGGCAGCUUCAGUAGUUACCUUGUCUAAUGUGGUCUCGGACCAUUGCCCGAUUCUUUUGUCUGUAUUGGCACAAGACUUUGGACCUACACCAAUAAGAAUUUUUAAUUCUUGGUUAGUUAUGCCCGGAAAGGUAAAUGCUACAAAGGCGGAAAAAGAUGCGGUGUACAAAGAGAAACUUGCAAUGUUGGAGGCUUUGGAAUUACAAGCCGAGGAAAGGAUACUCUCCCCAAGUGAAUUGGUUAACAGAGCUGAAUGCAAAAAAGUAAUUAUGGAAGCGGACCGGCUAAAAGUCAUGGAUUUGAAGCAGAGAUCUAGGAUAAAGUGGGCCGUGGAGAGGGAUGGGAACACAAAUUUUUUUCAUAACAUUGUAAACGCUAACCAAUGUUCCAAUCGGAUUAAUGGGCUUAUGAUGAAUGGGGUAUGGGAGACGACUCCACCGCUGAUUAAGGAUUCCAUAUGUUCAUUUUUCGCACAAAAAUUUCAUGAUUCGUUAGCUGUUAGACCCAGGCUGACGUGUCCGUAUCUAAAACAGCUUACUGAGGUAGAUGCAGAGAUGUUGGCAGCCCCUUUUUCGCUACUGGAAAUUAAGGGAGCUGUUUGGGAUUGUGCGGGGGAUAAAGCACCAGGCCCGGACAGUAUUAAUUUCAGGUUUAUCUGA